GUCCGAAUAGGGUGUGCCCCCUUAUUAUUACAUGUCGCCAUCAGAGUGCAACUUUAAAUCAUGUAUUCCCAUCACAUCAGGUUUUCCCAUCAGAGUGGUCCUUUACAUCAGUUGUCCCCAUCAGAGUGCCUCUUUACAUAAGGUAUCCCCAUCACAUUGCCACCUUAUAUCAGAUUUCCCUUUCAGAGUGCCCCUUUCCCAUCAUCUUCCCCAACAAAGUGCCCCUUUCCAUCACAUGUGCCCAUCAGAGUGCCCCUUUCCACAGUUU